UAAGGUUCUCUUAAACUCUUGAACUGAUAUUCGUUACUCUAACAAAUUUUCAGCAUAUCAAAUCCAAAAAGAAUCAUGGGAUGUUCUCUUUAUCCAUUGCCAUCUACAUAUUUCCAUAAACCAUCCAUGCCCACCAUUUGUAGAAGACGUUUAAGGUCCAUGCUAAACACAAGAGCAAUGGCUAAAGAACUCUAUUUCAACCAUGAUGGUUCAGCAAUGAAGAAGCUUCAGGCAGGUGUUGACUUGGUGGCAGAGUUGGUUGGAGUAACUUUGGGACCAAAAGGAAGAAACGUAGUGUUGCAGAAUAAAUAUGGACCUCCCAAGAUUGUUAAUGACGGUGAAACUGUUCUUAAAGAGAUAGAAUUGGAGGACCCUUUGGAGAAUGUGGGAGUAAAAUUAGUAAGACAAGCUGGUGCAAAGACAAAUGAGCUUGCCGGUGACGGUUGCACUACAUCUAUAGUACUUGCACAAGGUCUUAUUGCUGAGGGCAUGAAGGUUAUUGCGGCCGGGAUGAACCCUAUUCAGCUCUCACGUGGGAUUGAGAAAACUACCAAAGCCCUUGUUUCAGAACUGAAAUUGAUGUCCAGAGAAGUUGAGGAUCACGAGCUCGUGGAUGUCGCUGCUGUUAGUGCAGGGAAUGAUUAUGCAGUGGGAAACAUGAUUUCUAAUGCCCUUCAGAAAGUAGGAAGAAAGGGAGUAGUCAGAAUUGAGAAAGGGAACCAUGGUGAAAAUAGCCUGCGCAUUGUAGAGGGGAUGGAAUUUGAUCGAGGAUAUUUGUCUCCUUAUUUUGUUACCAAUCGAAGAGAGAUGAUAGCAGAACUUCACAAUUGCAAGUUGCUUUUGGUUGACAAAAAAAUCACAAACGCAAAGGAGAUGUUUAAAAUAUUGGAUAAUGCAGUUAAGGAGAAGUAUCCGAUUGUCAUAGUUGCAGAGGGCAUUGAGCAGGAAUCUUUGGCUCCAGUAAUUAGGAACAAGCUCAAAGGUACACUGAAGGCAGUUGCUAUUAGAGCUCCUGCAUUUGGUGAGCGCAAGAGCCAUUACCUAGAUGAUAUUGCCAUCUUGACAGGAGGGACUGUGAUCAGAGAUGACAUGGGUUUGACUCUUGAGAAUGCUCACAAGGGAUUGCUUGGAAGUGCAUCUAAGGUGGUGAUAACGAAAAACUCUACGUUAAUAGUUACUGAUGGAAGAAAUCAAGAGGCCGUUCAGAAAAGGGUUUCCCAGCUACAAAGGCUUGUGGAGGGACAUAAGAGCAAGAGGAAAAAAAAAUUCAUCAACUAAUAUUAUGCAGGAGCUUUCUAUCAUAAAUGUGG